AUGACGGACGACAAUGAAGAAUUUAACAUUAAUAUUAUGUAUAGCGAAGACGAUAUUGCAGAAUUAGAAGUAGAAGAGCGGGAUAGUAUUGGUAAAAAUACGCCUAGGAUUAUUAAAAGAAUCAGAGAAACGGAGGAGAGUGAUGAUAAGUGGAAUAUUGUGAAGGGAAAGGGAAAGAAAAAACGACUGCACGAGGAUGAGAACUUAAGUACAGAAACAGAUAUCGAGGUAUACAUUGCAUGCAAUGAAAAGCUGCCCAAGCAAUUUGCUUUGGCACGGUUAUUCAAAGAAAAUGGAAUUACUGAUAUAAUUAGAGUGAAAUACUUAAACCCAUUUAAAGUAGGGUUGCAAUUUUCGAAUGAGGAAAACGUUCAAAAAUUAAGUACCUGUGCGACAUACAUUUCUAUGGGAUGGAGAAUUCAAAAGGCAAUGGAGGUUAACUACUCUUACGGAAUUAUAAGAGAAGUGGAGUUAGAAAUGUCUGAAUAA